UAUGAAAACUUGCAUGCAACUUUGGGAGGGUGACUUGUAUGGGAAAUAUCGUACCUAACAUAAAUCGCUUAAAACUAUCAAAUCCGAUUUGGUAAAACGAAAUAUUUUGCAUGAGUCGUUGAUUUAGAUGGUAAUUGACCAAUUAAACUUUUGAUUGCUUAAAAAAAAUAUUUCCUUGCUUAAUGGUUUGCAGUCAAAAAAGCCCAAAAUUGCAUAUUUGGCCCUAUAAAUUGAGGUAUAGCUCAAAAUUGUGACGUGUUAGAGCAAAUCUGAGCCCGGAUUCGGAUUCAGCGGACCAAAAUCCUUCGGAGACACAUAAGUUUGCUCUUAAGACAGACAAAAAGUUAUUUUUUGUUACGCUGUGUAACCUUUAUACGCUAGAUAAGUGCUUUUCCAACUAAGCUUCCGAGCCAAUUAAGUUGUUAAAUCCUGAAAGAUAAAAAACUUUGUUGAAGACCGCAAAGCGAUCCGAUGCUUGUGAAAAUAGUUAUAAUCAACGAACCGCAUGCAUAUGUAUAUGUUUCAACAUGUAAAGGAAUAACAAUAGCAACAAAAUCAUGCUGUUUCGCCAAGCAAUGCCAACGCUAUAACUUUUUUCAUAUGCAUCAGAUCACUUCGCGGUCUUCGACAAAGUUUUUCAGCACACCCUAGGCUAUGUUUUUCCUUCAUCGGUAGAGACGAACCAGCCAAGGGCUGAAAGUCUCUUUAAUAAAGACAAAUCAAUCAAUCAAUCAACCCUUCAUCGGUUGCAUGGUUUUAGAAAAAAUCGAGCUUGUUAUGAGAGAAAUGCAAAAAAGUGUGUUUUCCCAUGUAAAACUCCAUACCAACUUCAAACGCGAUGCGCAAAACGUAGACAUAACCGAUCCUGCCCAAAUUUUGUACACUUAAUAUUUGGGUCCUUAAAUGAGCAUGAGCAUGAGCAUGAGCAUAUAUGACCGUACAAUUCGUAGUUGCUACUCCGUGAUUGACCAGAACAAUCGAAAUUGCACAAGGAACCAACAAACGGAACUUGGGAGUAGCUACCGCUCUCAAUGUGCACAGUUCGAGAAUUCUAGACUUUAUUAGUCAAUAACGGCGCCGGCCACGUCCUUACGAUCAUCGAGGAAGGAAAGGAAUGUUAGUGUGACGUACGUUGCUACUAGAGACCGAGAUCACCUCAUCUUCUCCACGACUGUCACGCGAAGGAGUUUUUGUUAGUGAGGAGGGGGAGAGUCACAUGAUUUGGAUUCACUUUGGUAAGUGAUGUGAUUCAUGCAACCUUUACUUGAGUCAAAACACUUAUUCAUUUUGACUAAAAUAUUACAAAUGUCGACACCGAAGAUGACGAACCAUUCAAAUUUUUGUGUAAAUACAAAAAAUGAAAGAAUAAUAUUUAUUAUCAACCGAAUGUGCAUUGAAAACUAGCGCCGACACAUGACGUGACGAACUUUUCAAUAUUUGUUAGAUAAAUACACAAAAACCAGAGCAGAAUUUUAUACAUCCUUUAGCAUUAAUUAUUAUGAUAAAAUGGAACGAGCUCACCAAUAAACAUCUUUCGAAGUGUCCAGCGCGUAUGUGCUGCAGCAUCUUCCACUAACUGGCCUCUUCUCCGAAAUCACUCUGAACCGCUACAACUAUACACGGGUACGACGAUGUGCACAUUCAAAUUGAUGAAGACGACGACGCGGCCGGUUCGAAUGAAAAAAGCGGCCUCUUCACUUUGCCUCCAAAAUCACACUAAACCGCUCCGUACGAAGAUGAGCACAGUCAAAUCGACGACGACGACGACACAGUCAAAUCGGCGACGACGACGAAGCGGCCGGCCCGAAUGAAAAAAAGCGGUCUCUUCACUUUGCCUCCAAAAUCACACUAAACCGUCCCGAACAAAGAUGAGCACAGUCAAAUCGGCGACGACGACGAAGCGGCCGGCCCGAAUGCAAAAAAAAGCGGUCUCUUCACUUUGCCUCCAAAAUCACACCACUUAAUAUUUGGGUCCUUAAAUGGGAUCAAAAAUGCUUUGAUCUGAUGGGAUAGCAUUGAAUUUUUAAUUUUUCCAUAUAAACGAUGACCCACUCUAAUGUACAUCUAAUCCAUCCGAAAGGGGUGAAGUUUGUGAAAAAGAUAACCUUAGAAUUUCAUCUUGAACUUGAAUUCAGGUUAGUCAAUACGUCUUCGAGUCUUCUCGUAGCGUAGCGACGACGCUCCUGUCUAGUGAGUAGGAGUCGUGAGUUUGAGUCUCACCGAGCGGACGAGUAACUUUUUCGCAAAUCUCACCUCAAUUUGUCCAUUUCAUACUCACGCCAGUAUUUGUAAAGUCUAGCUUUUGGAAUUAAUUAAUGCACUUGAUAAGAAUGUUAUAAGAUGCAUAAGAAUAUGUGAUACUUUGAUAAUAAUAAUAUUGAAAACAUAUAUGAAGCCAGAUAGAAUCAGGAUUUUAACAUGGGAUAAGUUGAUUUGCAUGCUUAUACGAGUUUACUAAACACAUCGCAACAAGCUCAAACAAUAACAUCAUAUGCGAUGGAAAUUGUCCAUCCGUCGUUUAUGUAUGCAACAGUGACGAUAUAAUGCGUACAUUUUUAUGCACCUCCUGACUGUCCGGAGCGGUAAGCAAGUGGUAUUGUCGUCGCGGUUGAAACCCGAAGUUUCCCCACACCCGACAAUUGAAUUUUCUCAAAAUCUGUACAUGAAACCUUACGUCGGACAUAGUGCGCUGCAUAGCGGACCUGGCCCUCUAUCCAGCGUACUGUGCCCGAAGCACGUCCGACACACGGUUUAGGAGAAAAAUCGAUUUUCGCGUGUCAAAAAUUCCGAUUUUCAACUGCACGAACAAUACAUAAGGACGACGCGACGUAGCUAGCAGUCUCAUCUCAACCCAUCGACGUCCACGUCCUGUGUUUGAAACCUGUUAUCUCUCUGAAGAUACGAUCACGCAAAGGGAGGAACCACAAAUAAGUACUAAAUGGAGAUUCGUUUUUGAUGAAUACAGUUUUGAUUUUGUGACUCAGUAGCGAAUCGUACCUGUGUCUUUCGAUAUGUUUGGCGCGCUGAGAUGGUUAAUUACGGUGGUGGUGAUUCGUGAAGGUCGACAUUGGGAUCCAGACAAGAUGUUACCAAAUGAACGGAACACAUUGGAUGAUUGCAGAUUGCGUUUUCAUGUGCUCAUCGAUUCGGAUGUAGUUUCCCCUGCUAGAGGGAAGCCCGCAUUUUUGAAAGAGUUUGCCCACAUGGGAGCUAUAGGAUGGACCCAGGAUGAUGGGAAAGUACUGUGGCAUUGUGGAGGAACAUUGAUUUGGAUAGACUACGUUCUGACUGCGGCGCAUUGCGUGGUAGAUCACAGGAAUAUUCGACCGGAUAUUGUGCGAUUUGGCGAUUUGAACUUGGAGACCGAUGAGGAUGAUGAAUACGCCCAGCAGUAUAAAAUUGCUCAAAUAUAUAGACACCCGCUACAUCGGUUCGGCGUGAAAUACCAUGACAUAGCACUGAUCAAGUUGGAACAGCCUAUCAGGUUGCAUGACACAGUGUGCCCAGCAUGUCUCUGGAUCGAUCCAGAUAUACGAUUUACAGAAUUCAUCGCUACGGGAUGGGGCAGCACAGGUCAUUUUGAGGACCGCACCCCUUCGUUGCUAAAAGUUUCAUUGAAGCCCAUGGAAUCCUCCAAAUGUGAAAUGUUUUAUACUAGUGAACUUAUUCGGGGUUUGAGUUCUGGAUUUCAUGAGAACCAUCUGUGUGCCGUCGACGAAGAGAUGGACACAUGUGAAGGUGACUCCGGAGGUCCACUUCAAGUCAAACUAAUGCAUAGUACUAGCCUUACGCCUUUUGUAGUGGCUGUUACUUCAUUCGGAUUGCCAUGUGGAUUAUCAAAUCCGGGAGUAUACACUAAAAUAGCACCAUAUAAUGACUGGAUUCUAGCAACUAUGCGGCAACAUGGUGCUGUCAUUGAAGAUGACAUUUUCAACGCCACAUUCUGUGCAUUACGAUACCAGGAAUUUCGUGAACAAAUCUAUACAAUGCCUUUUAACAAAACACAUGUGUACGAGACAUAUUUCAUGACUGAUCAUAUAUAUCCAGAAUCUCCACCUACAUAUCUUGUUCAGCUAAUGUGGAAUGUUGAGGGAAGUCCUCAGAAUUGUUAUGGUACAAUCAUCGAUGAAAACACAGUUCUUACAGUUGCUAAUUGUGUCCAUUAUCAAGGGAUUCCAGCUUCAGCUGUCUCACAUCCAGAGGAAGGUGUAAUUAAUAUCUCAAAAAUAAAUGUACAUCCUCAAUAUAAUCCGGCUUACAGCUACCACAAUAUUGCCAUUCUACGCUUGGAAAAACUAUUCAGCUUUAUUAACAUUCGACCAGCUUGCAUUGAUUAUGGUAACGUAUCUUUACAUCAACCGAAUUCCGUAUUUGGAUUCGGAAGGAGAGACAUUUACGACGAUUGCAUUGAUUACCCUGACUGCAUAGAUUCAUCAUUGAUACCACUGACUGUCUACAUAGAACCGAAAAAUGAGACAACCUGCAGAUUGCCCAGAGAAUUGCAGUCACGUUUUCCAGACGGCAUCACUGAUGAACUUAUCUGUGCAGGUAUUGAUCGAUUUCUGGUACCGGAUGUAUGUGAUUUGAAGCUUGGAAGCUCGUAUUCUCAUGUAAUUAAAGGAGACAUACGCAAGCUUCCAGCCAUAGAUAGACUAAUAAUAGUAUAUGGCGACUUGUAUCCUCCACUGGACGGUUUAGUACAAAUUGGACGGGACUGUGGCUAUGGGGAGCAUUUGUUGUCCACAAGACUUCGUAGCCAUUUAAAAUGGAUGGAGCGUGUGUUGCUUCCGAAAAGCGCGACGGCCAAUGCAGUUCAGUUCUUGGAUCACAGUCGCCGCGAAGGAGAUUCAUGCACUGAUGCACACGGUAUGCGGGGAAGGUGCACUGCAAUAUCGAGAUGUCAGCGAAAGUGGAAGAAGUUUGAACUCACAAAAGAGGCAACAUUCUGCUCUUCGACAUUGGUGAUCUGUUGCCCUAACGCUGACAUCGAUAAAGACGCCUGGAGCAGCAAACAUUCGCUUCUAAUGAAAUGUCCACAACUCGUCUACGAUUUGCUUCCAGAGUACGAUGGUGCACCAAUGGUUCGAAUUUUUGAUAACUCAACCAAGUAUAUCUGCAUGGGCGCCAUCAUUUCCGAUCGAACAAUACUAACUUCUGCCAGCUGUGUGAACACCGCAGCAUCUCUUUUUGUCCAACCGCUAGGAAAUUCUGAAAUCUUAUUUCAAGUUCGACGGAUUGUGCAACACAGUUCCUUCAACACAACCGAUUACAGUAAUGAUAUCGCUAUACUGCGAUUACCGCAAUCUCUGAUUUGGAGCCCUGGACUGCAUCCUGUAUGCCUGUGGAACGACCAAACGCAUUCUCCACUUAUAGUUGAAAUGUUACAGCCAUUCAAUACAACCUACAUCACCGAUAUCGAGUACAUCGAGGACAUCGAGGACACCGAGAUCAUCGAGGACACCGAAUACAUCGAGAACAUCGAGGACACCGAGUAUAUCGAGUACAUCGAGAACAUCGAGUACAUCGAACUGCUAACCAUGUACAACUCUGACUGUCAGAGAACACACGCCUAUCGGGUGCGAGAUUCGCACAUUUGCGUCAAAUAUCCAUAUCGGGAGUACACGUGUCUUUCAUCGCAUAGUAUGCUUCGGUGGAAAGAUGCAGGUGUUGUUCCAUACUUGAUUGGGCUGUCAACCGAUACCAGAGAAUGUAUGGGAUGGUCCUACAUGAUCUUCUCAAGAGUGGCGGCGUUCAUAGAUUGGAUUGUGGACAACAUAGAUUUUGAGGAAAUCAAACGUUCGUUCAAUGUGUAAUUGAGAGGCUUUUAAAUAUUGUUUUACCUAACCUCGAAACAGUCACGAGUACUUUGGCUCCCAAAACUAACAUAGUACUAAAGCAGUAAAAGUUUGAAAAAUAUAAACAUGUAAAAACAAAAAAUAUAUGAGUGAUUUCGGCUCUGUUAUGCCCAUGUGGCGUCCGAGCCUUCCUAAUAAUCGAAUAAGUAAAAAAGUGGCACUGAAAAAAAAAAUCCUGACAAAAAUGUGCAUUCUUCUUCCUCUUCUUCUUUCCGGUAUUACACUUCAAAUGAGAUAGGCCUGCUUCUGAGCUCCUCUAUUAUUAUUGACUGAGAGAUAUUUUUGCCAAUUGAUAAUUUUAAGAUGAUUAGCCUUUAAUACUAAAACAGUAAUCUAUAUUGCUUAUCAUGCUCCAACUUUCCCUAUUCCUAGCAAAAAAAAGUCACAUGAGCAUAGACCGAAAGAGACUUGUUUCGAGACAACCGACCGACGAGACACGAUACGGAGAUGCAUUCCAUGUCAGCUAACGCGGUGUUGUCUCCGCGUUGUUGGAUUGCCUCCGUCGUCGCCGGCAAAAGGGUUUGAGGUUAGGAUUGGUGUAUACUUGCUGGGCAUGGCCUGGGACCUGACCAAAGUUCCCAGUGAGCAUGCACCGGCAGCAGCAUCAUCAUAAUGGUGUAGCGUACCAUACCAUAUAGUUUGUAAUGUAGCCGCGUCGUCGCCGUGCGCUGCUCACUCACGGUAGAUGCUGGAAACGGGGUUGAUUAUAUGCAUUUGGAGUGCAUGUGCAACGAACGUGGCAGAAGCGAAAGUGCCACAGUAAUUGAAUCGCUUCUGCACGGUGGCAGUAGCACUCGCACUGGAAAAAGGGGCACAACAACACUUUCGUUGUCAGUUGAGCCUGUUCGAUACUAGUCGGUGAAACGGAGGAGAUGACGUCAAUGCCAUAUUGAGAUGGCACUUUGGGAAGUUUCAUUGUUAUUAUCCUAUGGCGUGAACUUUGGCCGAUUUGAUCCCACGGGGUCAUCUGAGAUCGCUAUAUGGAAAUACACUGUAGUGCAUAAUUUAUUGGACAAAGGCAUGUUUUCACACAAAAUUGUCAAUUUUGAGAUGCUAUAUAACUAUGAAAUGCUUUGAUAAAAUGAGCUCAAAUUUUGAAAAGGAACUACAAAUAUGCUGAUUUUUGCGUGUAUGAAUAAUGAAAUGUUUCCAUUCACAGGUCUGGGCGUUACGAAGAAACCUAGAUAACAAUUUGAUGCUGUACAAACGUUUCUCCAACUAUUUUAAAUCAGCCUUCAUUUGAACAAAAGCUUAGCACAAGAGGUACAGUCUUUUAUUCAGCUCCCAAACAUCUAAUUUUGGUGAUUUUAUUCAACCUUUAACUGAUUUGAGGUUGAUUGAAGAAAGGCUGAUUUAAGGCUUACUAUGCGCUUAAUCAGUAACACUAGUUUACGAAAUAAAACAAAAGUCGUGAACUUCUGUCAACGACCAAAAUUUUCGAAGCAUAAUUUAGCGUUGAUUUCGAAACCGUGCUGUAAUUUUUUUUAAGUAAAACCGUUUUUGAGUUUUAACUCAAUAUCGAGUUUUACAAUAUUUUAAAAUAUGGAAUUUAAUAAGUUUCCAAUAUCGCGCGUUUUGUUCAACCAAUUUUAAAUCUUUUUCCAUAAAUUAAAAGCUGAAUAUGAUACCAUUCGAUCAUUUUAAUGCAUGUUUAGUAUCAGAUUGAUGAAAUUCAAGAUAUUGGCGAGUUUUGGGGACGAUCUCCUUAAUUUUAGCAAAAUUUCCUAAAAUAUUUGAAGAAAUGUAUUUUUUUUAAUGUGAAAAAAAAAAAAUUAAAAAUUCUUUCUCAACGUUCAUUUAACAUAUCAUAUGUAGGCGACUUACAGUAAAAAAUACAGCUCAAUCGGAGCAUUGAUUACGGUAAAUGAGAUGUGUGAAGUGAGCAACUUUGCUUAAAAAUAGAAAAAAAAAUCAAUUUCAAAUCAUCAACCUUGCAUGGAAAGUCGAAAAAAUUUCCGCUCUACUGUAAUUUUAUUCCUUCGCGUUUCCGAACUCAAGGCAUGAUUCUACACCAAAAAUGAUCAUCAGCUUACCGAGUUCAAAAAUGCUAUAAACUAGUGUAAUCAAUUAAAUUUAUUAAUUGUGUGUAUAUAAAAUAAAAAAAAACACUGUCGUGAGCCUUUUUUUACCAUUAGCUGUGUCAAUUUCCAGAAGAGAUGUAUAGGAAUGUAUAAAUUAAUCUGUGGGAAAACUGGUAAUUGAACACGGACCGCCUGAUUUAUAGUCAUUCACCUUAGCACCUACACCACACACAAUUGUAUACAUAUCCUCGAAAACAAGAACAUUACUUGUUGUGCCUGAAUAGUCAAGAACAUAAGCUGAACUAAGUCUGUAUUAAGGCUGAAGAAGCGAUAUAGACUUCACGAAAACCAUGCUUCGGUCAGCUGUCAAAAAUUAUUUCAUUAAAGGUUGAACAACAGAUGAUUAAUUCUGCAUGUUGGUUGGUGUAUGUUUUAAAGCUGGUUAACCAGAUGAAUGAUAUUCUAUUCAACUUGAUAUUCAGCCAUUUAUGUAUUGCUGAUUAAAGAGGUUGAACAAGCUAUACUUCAGACCAAUAUUCAGCUGUCAUUAACACCAUUAACCUGCUAUUGUUCAGCUAAUACUGUCACUGUUCAGCAUUCAUUGUUACUUGAUAAAAAUAUUCACGCAUAGACGAACCAGCCAAGGGCUGAAAGUCUCUAAUAAAGGCAAAUCAAUCAAUCGAAGAAUUCACGUCCAAUCUUGACAUUUUCUGUCAGUUUUGUUCUCUUUGUCAUGUGGGGUUUUUAUUGGAUAAAUUGCCUAGAACUUGGUCGUAGAAUUCAGAUUGGAAGAGAAAGUUUUGAAUCCCAAUUUUGACUUCAACAGGUUUUAGAAAACAUCUCAUGACGAAGAGAAGAAAAGCUGCAAUAACAUAUGUUACUUCAUGUAGAUCUUCAAAAUAAUUGCUUUAAAAAUGUUCACUUUUGCAAGUCACUCCGCGUGACGGUAUUGGCUUUCAAGGGCAAAACAAAACAUACUGUUACUCAUCUUUGUUUCGGUAGCGCAACUACCGAACUGAUGAUGUUUACCUUUUUUACAUACCUAUCAACAUAAUCUGUUGGGGGAAUUAUUUUAUUUUUCCUACUUACUAUUGGAGGCUAGUCCACCAUGGCCACGCAGGCCAUAGCGAGGCUAGCUCCAUCGAUGCCUGUUUCUAAAUUACAAUGAAAAUAAAACGCUAGACACCUUCCAUCAAACUAGACGGCUGCCGACUGAUACCUCAAUCAACAACCGCCACACACUUUAUUCAUUCCAGGUAUAUACAAUUUGACUAUCUUCUUUAAUAACAUCAUACCUACGCCAACAAAUCUACCUCGCUCCAACACUCCAAACUCGUACCUGAAGGUUCGACGCUACCCGAGCGUUCAACGCUACCUAACUUCCAACACUCCUCCUUAGCGUCGCAACCUUCCAACCACGAUUACCUCCUCCUGGCUCGAAGCUCCUCCUCACUCCAACGCUUGGCAAGUGGUCCAACUCCGACGCUUGCAUCAGCUCUACACCAGUUCCGAGCUCCGACCAGGUCCAUCUCCGAGCUCCACCUUCAUGUUGUCUUCCGGAUCACUCCUCCUGUCGCCAACCUCUUCGUCCGGGUGCGACCACCGAGCUGCAUCCGAUCCAACUCACAACAAUCCUCGAGCUCCGUCCGGUGACCAGCCAGCAGUCAUCCAGUUGACCCGUAUCGCCAACAUUCCCAUGGAUCCUGUCCUCCGUUGCAGCCAAUCCAUCCGCCCAAGGAUCCCGUGCUGCGACUCCGCGACUUAUGCGACGGAUCCUUCUCCCGGUCGAUACGUGCUGUGGAACUCGCUCCUGGGCCCAUAACCUAUUGGAGGCUAGUCCACCAUGGCCACGCAGGCCAUAGCGAGGCUAGCUCCAUCGAUGCCUGUUUCUAAAUUACAAUGAAAAUAAAACGCUAGACACCUUCCAUCAAACUAGACGGCUGCCGACUGAUACCUCAAUCAACAACCGCCACACACUUUAUUCAUUCCAGGUAUAUACAAUUUGACUAUCUUCUUUAAUAACAUCAUACCUACACCAACAAAUCUACCUCGCUCCAACACUCCAAACUCGUACCUGAAGGUUCGACGCUACCCGAGCGUUCAACGCUACCUAACUUCCAACACUUACAACCCACAUCCGACAAUUUUUUUAAGUGGGAAUGGUAGAACUUUCAAUUCCCUCGGUCGCACGUACAUUAGUUUUGCAUUUUGUUCCACAAUUUCCGUGAAAAAUGAGAUCCGGCUUGUGCAAGUGAGGAGUUGAGGUUAGAAUUGUAGGAUAUUCUAGGUUAGAUUUGCUAUCCACUUCGCCUGAACGAUUUUCAGACCCAUAAAUAUCGUACUUCUAAUUAGUUUUCACUGCCGUAAAAAAUACUGUAUGCUCAGAAUAAACAGUUAUACCUUCGGAUCACACUCAUUUACUCGUAAAUCUCAAUCUGACUGUAAAAAUAAUGAAUUUCUUUCCAAUGUUUUGAAACCCCGAACGAAUUUGACAUUGCUUUCGGGAAGCAUCAUCACGACGACGACAACACUCCCAAGCGGUCGAAUCGUCGUUUUGGGGGCGAAUUGUCUUUACAAUAGUAACAAGAUUUUCGAUCAAAUGUGAAGAGCUGAUCGCCUUCUUCAAUCGAUUUGGGUAUGUUUCUAAAAAUAGACAAAAAGAAUCAUUACCAGAACUUUUGCACAAUUAUCUUGAUUCCCGCGCUCUACGUUGCUGGGAAAUUGGUCCAGAUAAUUACACCUUUUCCUGUAUUCUACGUAAAUUCGAUUCCCGAGUGCUUAGAAGUUUAGAUGUAUUGUAUGCUGCAAUAUCUAAAACAAAUCGAUUGGAGAUCUGCACCAUUGUACCAACAUCCAAGCCUUCGCAGCCAACCCGAAGAAACGAUUACUUCUCCCUCUAAUGAUCGGAUAAUUGUAAACAAAUUUGAAUUUCAAUCCCCCCAAUAAAACGCAAUCUCGCGCGCAACAUUUGCCGGAUAAAGUCGAAACCUACGCCAACCAAGCGAACCAUAAGGGAUCACUAAUGGAAUUGGUGAAAAGAGCAUUUUCGAUUUGGAUGCAGCGCAUCACACAAGAGCCAACCGCAGCCAACCCACCGAUAGAUUUCCGAGUCUCUGUGUUAUUGAUGGGGGAUCCAUUCCCCCAAUCCGGGGGCUAGAGAGCAACAUUUGGCGGAGUGCUCUGGUUCGUAAUUGAGCGGCUGGCUGACUCUGGCUCUGUCUGCCGGGCCCGGACGACUCCGGGCUUCUGUUGUUGAUCAUGCGGCGGCCGGCGCGGCGGGCGCAGCCAAACGUUCGAGAUCGCGCCGAGUUUCGAAAUGGGGAUCAAUGAAAACUUAAUGAUAGCAUUCGAAACCUCGAUUCGAUCUUGAUCGGUGUGAAGAAUUUCACCGAGUUCGAUGCCGACGACGGCGUCAACAAAAGUGCCACGGGCUGGCAUGGAAGUCUCUGCACGAGUGAACUCAUUGAGGUCUUAACAGGGCGAUUAUUGUGAGACUUGGGUGUGUGUAGUUGCUACCAGCAGAUGGCUUCGUGAUUUCAAUUACGUAAAACUUUAUGUCUAUCAUUAGCACGAGUGAACUCUUUAUAGAAAUUGCAAAGGAGGUUCGGUCUAUACGCGAACAGUUGCCAAUAGUUUGAGAACGUUUUGUUCGGCGUAGUUGAUUUGAUGAUGAUGUGGUAAAAAAGUGUGCCAUAAAUUGCAUUGCAUUUUCAAAAUCAUCAACUUAUAUCCUGAAAUCGAGUGGGGUUAAGUUUAGCAAAUAUUGUUUAUGUUUCCCAUGUGAGGGGUAGAACACUAAGAAAUACUGCUUACUUUGGUAUUCCAGAAAUCUAGUGCAUGUUAGUUGAGAAUGAAUGGCCACAUUUAUUGAUAGAGACUUCAGUUUAUCUUUUCUGGUUUAUUUCCCUAAAAUCAUAAAUAACGCGUUGAGUGAAAUGUUGCACGACAUAUUUUGGUUGAAAACCAGAAUUGUCCCCAAUGAGGCCCCUGUGAAGCCUGUCACGGUGAUCUGGAUUGGUCAGCUAUUUAAAAUCUGAUGUUGUAGCAGUUGUGUUGUACUAAUUCAAAAAAUCUGCUAAAAAACUUGUUAUGGUAAAUCGCCUAUUGUUGAACGCUAUCCAAAUGACGAACAGAUUCUGAAAAUCAUUUUGUAAGUCGAAUUUAGAGGUAAUUUUCGCUAAAUAUAAACGAAUGAUAUAAGUAGAAGCAUAUACAUUUUAGAACUAAGCCUUUUCGAUUCUUUUUAGCGUGCAAUACAAUUGUGCAAAAUUAGGGACCGAUUGGUUGCGUCCGCGAAUUCCGCAUUGCGAUUGAAUUUUCAUGGAAUUUAGUGAUGAUAAUGAUGAUGAUGAUAGUGUACCUUCCAUAAGCGCAAGGAUUUCCUUUGACUGCAAUUUAAUUUUUAUGGAAUUUAGUAUGGAAAGACCUACGGUUUUAACAUUUUUUUUUCAUUAAAGGAAAUUUUUGUCCAAUUCUAUGUAAUUAAUGACAUUUCAGUAGGGUAAACCGUCAAUUGUUGCACACCCCAAAAACUCGCCAAUUGUUGCACAUUCCAUGCUUUCUUUAUGCUUGUGAGGUGUGUUACAAUGGAUCACUAAAAUAACUAAAACGGCCGCUAUGAAAUGAACAGAUAGCGCCAUCGUAGCCUUGUGUGUUUGACGUAACUCGACUGUUGUCACUGUGUUACCGUCCAUAUACGGUGGCGCUUUUGUUUUGAUGUGGUGAAUAGCGGAAAAGUCGGCUUCAAUGAUCCAUUGCACAGUGGGAAAAAAUAGGUAUAAAACGCGAAUAAAUUCAAUAUCUCUGCUCGGAGUGGAUGGAUGCGAAUGGAUAUUUGACACAAACUGCAAAAAUCUCUACAGUUUCAGAUAAAAAGGGUGUCAUUCGCCGCACGAUGCUGGAAAUCAGUGUAUUGAGCUCGUUUUACCCCGCGCUCUCUUUUUCACACCUUUUUUAAAAAAUCCUCAUCUAUUCCCGACUAGCCUGCAAAAUAAAUGACUUAUUUAACUUGUAUUUGUGUAGAAACUUCCAUUAUAUCGGAAAUUUGACAUAAUAUUGCUCCUUCUCUUGUCGAUUGCAUUCCACUUCGGGCGGAGAUGCAUGUAAAAAUUUAAAGUAAUAGGGGAUAUCGGGGUUAUUUGAAGAUAUUUCAAUUUUUAAGGCCGUGCCAAAGGUAAGGUGAGCCAAACCAGCUCCAUUCGAUACUACGGAAGUUUUAACACAAACACGAAUCAAAUAAAUAAUUUAUUUUGCACUUUGUGUCAAAAUUUCAUUCAAAUCCAUCCACUCCGAGCAGAGAUAUUGAAUUUUUUCGCGUUUUAUACCUAUUUUUUCCCAUUGUGCAUUGGCUAAGGUUCUAAGGUGUGCAAUAAUUUACUAUUUACUCCAUAGCCCUGGAUAUGGUAAAAGAAUUGACCGAAGACCGCGAAGUGAUCCGACGCCUGUGAAAAAGACUCGGUAAUUCUGGCCAGAAAUUAAGAUUUAUUAUUGAUGUUAUCCUGACAAGAAAAUUAUAUCAAGUAUAUACAAUAUUAUGUUAUGAAGAUAUAAUAUUUUGCAUUAACUUUUUUUGUUAUAAACCAGAUGCAGGAUGAUGUGAAAAUAACUUAAAAUGUAACGAAAAGUACACUGGUCCAAUCCAGACAAUAACCUAUUUUGUUAUGAACAGAUCAAAAUCAUAACAAAAUGUAGUAUUUGUUACUUCAGAAUUACUAGUUUGUUUCAAAAUUUGAUAAUACUUUGUAAUAUUACUUUCUAAAUCUAAAGGUGGUUUGAAGCUGGUAGAUCCAGAGGCAAAAAUUAAAGCUCUCUUUUUAAGAAACAUUCUUUAUGACCCAGACGAUGGCGAUACGAUCUUAGAAGAAAAAUAUUUACUAGAAAGUAGGAACUCACUUACUCAAAGAUUAACAAAAAACGCAAGGGAAUGGAUUACAGAAGGGAAAGGAUUAAAGAAACAAUAUGAUUACAAUUGUACUAGGCUCUUGUACAACUAUUUUGUAAGUGUGAAUAACUGUACACCAAAAGUUGAACAAAAAAUUGAUACAAAUUGGCCAGAGAUUUGGGAGAAUAUUAAUAUGAACUUUAUUUGAACUGAUAUCAGAUCAAUAGUUUUUUCUUUUGCUAAUGAUUUAAUUGCUAAUGGUAAAAAGCUUUCUACAUAUAACAUUCGCAGAAGUUCAGAAAAUUGUCGUAGGUGUGGUUUGUUGGAUACUAAUUUUCAUCGUUUAAAAGAAUGUCCUAAGGCAAAGAUCAUUUGGGAAUGGUGUACUUCAAUAGUCAGAACGCGUUUUAAUAUGGAUGUUGUUGAUUUGGAAGAUCUUCUACCGUUCAUGAUUUGCAAAUCAGCGCAAAAACAGAAAGCUGCAUUGUGGCUGUCCAUGAAAGCGAUUUCAUUUAAUUUGAGAGCUUCAGAACCGUCACUUUUUGUUUUUAAAAAAGAGAUAAGAGAAGAAAGAUGGAACAACAUAAAAAUGUUUGCCUCAGAAUUCGGAUCAAAUUUGAAUUAUGUUAACAAUCGUUAGAAGCUGAGAUACAUAGGUUAAGGAGUUAGUGGUAAAAACGUAAAAUGUAAGAAGUUUGUUCAAAUUUUAUACACAAUAAAAAAAACCGUCAUAUGACUUUUAAAGCAAUAGACCGAUUGGCAAUAUUUUUUCAUGAAUGAAAGAUUUUAUGAAAAAGUAUUGCGAAAAAAAAACUUUAAUAUACAAAUAUAUACAUAUAUUAUAUUGAACGAAAUUUUAACUAUUUUUUCAUAACAUAUCAAAAAAUUAGAAAUGUUCUUCAAGUCCUUUUUGAGUUACUUUUCUUGUUUGAAAAUUUUGUGUUUUGUGCUCUUAUAAGUAAGGAAUGACCAUGUGUCUCCAUCACUUUAAAAUUGCCGUUAAUUUAAUUCAAGUGCUACUGAGUGAACUUUAGCUAGUUAAAAAAAACAGCAAAUUUGCCUGCUGCCGUCUGAUUAUCCUACGGAAGUUCCUUCUCAGAUUCCUGCUAGAGUUCUUUCUCAGAUUCAUACAGGACCUCCUUCUGGAAUUCCUCCUGAAGUGACUUCAGAGAUUGAUCUAAGAGUUCUUUCUAAGUUUUCUCCGAAGGUUCCUUCGAGGGACCCCCAAAAAUUCCUACUGAAACUACUACAGCAGUUUAUUCUGGUGUCCCUCCAGGAAUCCAGUUCUGGGAAUCCUCAAGAAGUUUUAUUCUUGGAUUCGUCAAGAAGUUCCUCUUAAGAUUUCCUUUUUUGAGAAUGUUUCCAGCAGUUCCUCCUGAGAAAAGUUUCCUCUGUGAUUUUCGAGGAGUUUCUUUGAGUCUUUCUUGGAUCCCUUCAGAAGCUCUUUCGAGAAUUCUCUCUGGAGUUCCUUUACGGAUAUCUCCUGGAGUUCCUUCAGGGAUUCCUCCAAGAUUUUCUAACAUUGACCAGAAGUUGCUUCUGGGAUUUAUCCAAGAGUUCCCUAAAUAUUCCAACUAAUGAGAAUUUCAACCGUAAUUUCUUUCGGUAUUCCUUCAAAAGUUGGUUUCGGAAUUCACUCCUUCCUUUUAGGAUUCUUUCAUGAGUCCUCUGGGAUUCUUCUGAGAUUCUUCUUUUUGAAUAUUCCGAGAUUGCCCCAGGAGUUUCUUUCUGGAUUUCUCUAGGAGUUCCUGCUGAGAUUCCUCAAGCAGUUCCUUCUGGGAUUUCUCAAUAAGUUUCUUCUGAGACGUCUUCAAGAGUUCUUUUUGCGAUUGAUUCAGGAGAUAUUAUCUGGAAUCCAGGUCAAGAAUUUCUUGUGGGAUUUUUUCAUUGACUAUUAUCGGGAUUGCUCUAGGAUCUCCUUCUAGAACUCCUUCAUGAGUUUCUCCCAUACUUUCUUUUGGAAUUCCUUCAAGAUUUUCUCCGGUUAUUACACCAGGAGUUCCUUGUGGGCUCCCUUCAUGAAUUUCAUCCUGUUUUUUUCCUGUUUAUGUCCAAGGAAUAUCAAUGUGUUUUAGGAGCUUUACCUGUGGUUUCAGUGGCGUUCCAGGAGUGUUUCAAGCGUGUUUUAGGAGCUUUAAAGCGUUCCAGGAGUUUUCAAGGUUUUAAGGAUGUUUCAGAAGAUAUCAGGAACGUUCCCGGGGUUUUAAAUGGAUUUUGGAGCGUUCCAGAGAUUCCCACGCUUGUCCUAGGGGAAUCUCAGGCAGUUUCAGAAGAGUCAGACACGUUCCACAAAGUUUCAAGCGCUUUCGGAAGAGUUCUAGGGGCGUUUCAGAGGGAUAUUUUCAGGAGCGGUCCAGUGAUGGGCCAGGUGUCUCAGAGAGCUAUAACGGCGUUCCUGGAGUACCCUCUCAAUUUAACGAAAAUUCCUUCGCAACCCUUCUUCUUUUUUUUAUCUGUAUUAACGAGAUUUUUAGCCCUUGGCUAGUUCAUCUCGGGACCCACGCUUUACUUCCCUUCCGAAGGAAGAACUCACAUUUUGCGAGUUUGUCGGGAGUGGGAUUCGAUCCCAGGUCCUCGGCGUGAUAGUCAAGUGUUGUAACCAUCACACCAGUUCCGCUCCGCAACCCUUCUGAUGUCCCAUGAAAAAGCAUUGAUUCUCCUCUGACAUAUACCUAAAACUCCUCUUGGAAGCUCCCUGAACCCCCGAAAAAACCUCUGACACCCUACUAAAACUACUAUAAAACCUUAAAAUCAAAAUCUAACGUAUUCGUAAUACAUAAAUUAAAAUUUCCUCUUGAAACCUCACAUUUUCACACAAAAAAUCUUCCAACAUUCUUCAGAUUUUUUUCCCAAGAUUUCAAUAUGGAUUCGUUCAAAUGAGUUCACGAGAUGUCUAAGUAAUUCCUUGAAGUUCCAAAAGUUUUCUUAACGAAUUCUAAAAAAGUAAUUAAAGGAUUUACUCAAUAAUAAGAAAUCUAAGGUCUGCUCCAGAAAAUCUUUCAGAUCUAAUUCCAGAAAUUAUCCUUAGAACCCUAUUUGUACUUUUCCAGAUUUUUUUCAAGGAACUUCUUUACAUACCUUCAUGCAUUUUUCUAAGAAUCUUCCAACUAUUUCUAAAAUCCCCCCAGGAACUAGUCUAAGAAUACUUCCAAAAAAAAUCCUUCAACAAGUUCUCUAGGUAUCCCUUUAGGGAUUUAUCCAAUCUACUUUCCAAAGAUUCCUCCAUGGACCCAAAGGCUUCUUUCAGGAAUUUCUCCUGUAUUUCCAAAAUAUUUCCUCAAAAAUAUUUUUGGGCUUAUUCCAAAAAAAUCUUUAAAAAUUCCUCCAGUUAGGCUAGUGGUUGAGGCUAUGGAUCGCCAAUCCGGAAAAAAUCUCAGAACACUAAUUUAAAGCAAGGCAGGCCAAGUCCCAGUGGGGACGUGGAGCCAGAAAGAAGAAGAAGAAUACUUCAAAAAUUCCUGUAAUAUGAUUUUUCACGAAAAAUAUCCCAGAAACUUCUCUAAGUAACAUUAAGAAACUCGUUCAUAUCUUCUCUCAAAACUUUAAUCAGCGUUUUUAAACAAUUUCUUCAUAAAUUCUUACAAAUUGUUUUUUUUUUCAAAUAGUGCUCUAAAGAUUUCUUUUCAUGAAUUUUAAGGCUCAAUUGAGAAUGGCAAAUGUUCCAAAACUAAAAAAGCACUUUUUUACAAAAUGAUCUAGAAAUCGAAGAAAUAAAGAAUGUCCGAUUGUUUAUUUAGUCAAUGAUGACAAUCGGACACGCUCGUUUUGUUCUCUUUUUCAUCAUUCUCUUUUUCAGUUUUGGAUAGUAUGUGGAUAGUAUUCUCAUUUGAGCCUUAAAAAAACUAAAAAGUCACUUCACCAUUUUCAACUUAAAGUUGCACAGGCUGAAUGAUCACUAACACGAGACAACGGACAACACACGAAACACCCAGUGGUCCAGUGGAAACUUUUCUGUUUGACGAAAAGUUUUCACAUGCAGGGGCGAAAAUAGAACCCACACAGUGUGGGCCACACUCCGAGGCUUACGCAAUGGCCAGACGACUGACGCCCCUAAUCGCACGGCCACGGACACCUAAGAAGAAUUUCUGCAUGGUAUUUUGCCGGAUUCCAUACAAAAUCCCUGGUAAAGUCGUUUUGAAUAAUUCCCGGAGAACUUCUUGGAGGUAUCCUUAGAGUAUAUUCCAUGGGCAUGGAUUGAUGACAGCAUCAAAUUAUCAUAAUUAACUUUUAUCGCUUGUGUUUCGGAAUCUUUGAAGGAUUUUGGGAGGAUUCUUAUAAGAUUGCCUUGAAGAAUUCCUAGAGGAAUUCUUGGAAAAAGUCUUUGGAUGGACUCUCAAAAUAAAUCUUGAAAGAAUUGUUAGAGAAGUUCAUGGAAGUAUGAAGGAGCUAGGAUGAAGAAUUAAUGGUGAAAUCCUUGUAAGAUUUCCAGAGAUUUUGAAUAUUUGGAGAAUUUUCGAAAGAAUUCAUGAAAGAAUUCCAGAUAUAAUUUUUAUUCCAAAACUUUGAAUUAUCCAAAGAAUUAAAAAAAAUCAUUAAAAAAUACAGGAAAAAGAUUGUUAAGGAAUCCAAGAUUAAAUCCUAAGACCUAAGGGAAGUCACUGUAAUAAUUUUUGAGCGAAUCCUCGAUGGGAUCCCUGAAAGAUUAACGAAGAAUUUUCCAAGCAUUUUCCAAUGUUUUCUCCACAAGUUCUCCACAUAAUUGUGCUAGGUAUUCCUCACCGGAUUCCACCGGAAAUUUUUUCUUAGGCUUUUUCCACGAUUCGUAGGGAUAUUUGCAAAGUUUCUCCAAAAUUAUCUUCCAAGAAUUCUUCCAGUUAUUCCCAAAAAGGUGAUGCUUCAAAUGAUUUGUCUUCGAAAACUUUCAACAUAUUGUCCAGGGAUUUUUUUAGAAUUUCCGAUAUAUUGAUUGUAUAAUAUCGGCAAUCUUAUUCAUGAAUUAAGCGAACUACAAUGUUAUCGCUUCGACGUUUUGAACCAGGUUUUGUCGGAGCGGGAUCAUAGUACACUUAAUUAAUUAAUAAGACUGCCGGGCCAAUGCAAUUAGAGAUCCCAGGUGAUACACAAUUAAAAAUACCGCCCUUUCUUCAAAAUUUCUUUCAAGAAUAUGGCUAGAAAUAUCUCAAAAAUUCAUACGGAAAUAAUUCGUAAAACUUCUUCAGGAAUUCUUCUAUUCCAUCUAUAAUUUUUGUAUAGUUGGUUUGUCCUAGAUUUGUUUUCCUACUGGAAUACUUUUAACAAAUUUGCUGAAAUUUAGAAAAUAAAUUCUUCAGUGUUACUUUGAAGAUUUUUUCUAGAAACUCCUCCAAGAAGUCCUCCAGAAAUUCUACCUAUUAUUUUAUCAGGAAGUCCUCCAAGCAUAGGGUUCAAAAUAUGUAUAUUUUUUCCAUUAUUCCUCCAGGAGUUUAUUCAAAGAACCAUUUAAAAAAAGUUCUAUGUUUUUGCAAGAAUCCUUCCAAGUAUUGCAACAAAUUUCGCAGUAAAUCGUUCUAAGAUUCUCCAAGAAUUCAUUGAUUCCCUUAAGAAUGCUUCCAAGAGUUAGUUCAAGAGCUCUCUCAAUGAUUCCUCCAGGAAUUCCUACAGAAAUUCUACCAAACAUUCUUCCAAGAUUCUUCCAAUUACUCCUUCUGGUAUUCUUACAAGGAUUCCUCCAGGAAUUGUUCCUAGAAUUUCUCAUGGAAUUCGUCCAAGGAUUCCUCUAAGGAUUCCACCAGGAAUUCCUCCAAGGAUUCGUCAUAAAAAUCCUCCAAGGAUUACUUCAGGAAUACCUACAAGGAUCACUUCAGGAGUUCCUAAAAGGAUUGCUUCAAAAAGUCCUUCAAGGAUUACUCCAGGAAUUCCUGCCAGGAUUCUUCCAGAAAUUCUUCCGAGAAUUUAACCAGGAAUUCUUUAAUGGAUUCCACCAAGAAUUCUUUAAUGGGUUCCUCUACGAAUUCUCACAAGGAUUCCUCCAGGAAUUUUCCCAGGCAUUCCUUCGGCAUUUUUAAAAGGAUUCCUCCAAGGAUUGUUCCACGAUUUUUUUUCCAAGAUUCGUCCAUGAAUUCCAUAAAAAAAAUAAUUCUUUAUCAUGAUCGGUGCCGAUACUGACUGACAUAAUAAAGUUUCGAUAUCCUGAAGGUGUACAUUGAGAACGGAAAGCUAAUCCCAAGCUCCGUUUGUUAAUUAUUGGUGUAAUUUUGACUUUUCUAGGUCAAUCACGGCAAAGCAACUACGGAUUGUACGAUAAUAAAUGUUCAUGUUCAUGCGUCCUCAAAGCCUGGGAUUUUGUGCCAGGAUGAAUGAACGCAGUACGCAAUAUGUCCUUUUUUUUAUCUGUAUUAACGAGAUUUUUAGCCCUAGGCUAGUUCAUCUCGGGCAAUAUGUCCUUUCAAAUGGCAAUUAAUAGAGAAAGUUUCUUUGAUGAAUUAAAUUGGAUGAUUUUUUUAGAACAUGGAACUACAUUCAGUUCAUCAAAUCAGAUUAAAUAGCUUAAAUAACAUCUUAAAUAGUUUUUUGAAUAACAAUUGGCGUUUAUCCAGUGUAGGUAGGUGUAGCCUGAAAGAGAAGGACUUCCGCAAUUUUUCUCAUAAACGAAACAAUUAUGCGCAAUUUCUUACGAUUACUUUUCAUCACGCGUUUGUCCGCGUCCACGGCGGUGGGGUCACAGUUCGGAUCGGACUCGCCAUCGAAGCGGAACAUUUUUAUUUACAGCCGAUAAGCCCACACAACAUCAUCCAAGCCGCUCAGAAAAAGCAUGCGCUCAUGUUGUUCGGUCGGAAUAUGAUCGCCCUCUCUUCCUCACGCCACCAAGCGAAACCGACUACGCGUUAUCUUUCCUGAGCGGCUUGAUAUGCCACAGAAACAAGCAUACUACUAUGAAUAAUUAGCGGUUAAUUGUUAUUGACCAAUUAUCUAAUCAUAAUACAGCAGAGAGGCAGACCGCGCUGAGCCACGCCAUGGGGGGCGUCCGUAGAUGAUGUAGUAUUUUUGAUUGUUCUGUUCUCUUAAGGCAUUCGUUAAAACUUUUAAAAGCUUACUUUGUACGGAACGUCUCCUUCCCCAACCCAACAUGUUCCUAGAGUUGAGUCACAUAACAAAAUUAUAACAAAACUAUAGGGACUGCAGCUAGGAAUAACAAAAGUUUAAAUAUGUAUUAUUUUACAGCGUAAAACCUUGAAUAUUUUGAUGUCAUUUUGAUCUCACGAGUAAACUUAUCACAUGUUUGAUUUGUAAUAGAUGAGAUAUUUAGUUAUAAUUGUGUUACUCUGAAGCAAACUAAACUUAUAUGAACAAAAUACAUGUUUUAUAAUAACCGUUGUUACAAAAAUCAUUGUUUCAAAAUAUCAUAAUCUGUUAUAAUUUUGUUGUACCCAUUUAGUUGGGUUUGUGACGCUUUUUCUAAGGAAAAGUUAAUAUUUUGGUAGAUUUCGCAAUACAUAAGUGACCCGAUUUUGUCAGCCCCUUUUCGAAAAACGUUUUUUGCUCUCCUCGAAAACCUGAACAAUUUUUCAAACUUUUUAUCCCUCUAUGUUCUGCCCUUUAGCUGUAGUUUGAUAAUAAACAUGGAUAAAUUAGUUAAAGUUUGACCGUAAGAUAAUGAGAGCAAAAAAAAUUGUCGCAAAAUGGGGCUGACAAAAUCGGGUCCUUACUGUAGUAGUCACGAUCACCUCUCCCCUCAAAAUGAUGCAUCUUUUAUGGAUGACCCCAGAGCCUUGCAGCCGGAUAACGCUGAAAAGCUCCCGCCAUCGCGCCACCACACGCUGGAGACUCAUUGGAAGCGGUUCAACAAUCAGAGGAUUUUGUUUUCAGUCGUCCAAUAAAUGGCCAACCGAACGGGCACUGAUCGCGUGUCCCAACAGCCAGUGCUGGUGUGGCGCGCAGCUAAUGAAGGGGUUUUCGACGAAAGGAACAAGCACUUCUAGCUGGCUGGCUGGCGAAGAAAUUUCUUUCCCGAUACGGUUGAAGGGCUCGCUAAUGAAUGGGUGCAUUGACGGUCGUAUUUUCUGUAUUUUCUGCUCGCUAUGUGUCUGCGGUAGGCUGGACACAGUGGACUGUGUGUGGUACAGCAGUAGCAGCAGCAGCGAGGAGUCGAUAGCGGCAGACAUUCUGUCUACUCACGUAAUGAUAGUUUAAAUUCAUUUUGUAUGUAACAAUUGCAUUGCGAUUUGACACGAGCCAUUGAUCGGUGAAUUUAUUAAAGGGUGUUCAAUUACGAGAUUUUACAUUGACGCGAAAUCAAUUUUUAGCGAAAUAUAAAUUUUGCUUUAGAGUUUAUGCCGAAGGAUCACCACUAAUUUAAUCUAUUGAAAAUGUGUCAUUUGCUAAAAUUAUUGUAAUCAAUGCAAUGGCGUAGUGUUAGAUAUUAUAAAAUCGAGUAAAUAAAACAAAAUAUCGAAUGAAUUACAAAGGAAUCCAAAUGAAUUGUUCUAGUUGUUUAUGGUAGAAAAUGUAGUGUACAUUUCGUUAGGAACAUGAUUAAAACCCUCAUAAAAAUCCGUUUUAAAUCUUGUGAGGAAUUCCGUUUAAUUUCUGAAGGAAUGAAUGUGAAUGUCUAUGUAGAAUUCAUGUUGAUUCCUGACAUGAAUAUUAGUGAAUUCCUUAGAUAACUUUUCUUGUAAAAAAACUGAUUCUUGUAAAAAAAGCACGCUUAAUUUGAAUGAGACCAAUUUAUGAGAAGAAUUGAGGUGAAUUUCUGAGAAACAUUCCGGUGAAUUACUAUGAAUAAUUCCGAUGAACUCAUGAAAUGAGUAUUGGUGAAUUUUCGACGUUCCAAUGAAUGUGGGAAGAAGUUUGGGUAAAUAUCUGAUAAUAUCACAGGCGAAAUUUUGAAAAAAUCGAAGUCCAAGUUAGUUUCUCGAAGAAGUUCUGACGAAUUUUAUUCACGAAUGCGAGUGAUUGAUUGAUUUGUCUUUAUUAUAGAGACUAUCAGCCCUUGGCGGAUUCGUCUCUUAAUUCGAGUGAAUUCUCUAGAAGAAAUCAAAUGUAUUUCGUAGAAAAACUCUGUUGAAUUAUGUAGGAAUUAUAUGUAAAAAAGGUAAAACUACAUAUAUAGGAUUUCAUGCAUAUUAAAUAAAACCUUAUAAUUAUAGUACGGCAGGUUAGAUAGUACGGACUAGUGCGACAAAACGGCAAAAACAUACAUUGUACAAACGGUGGAUGACAAAACGAUUAGACUCGAGACAGACUUGAACUGAUUACACGGAGGGAAACGAAACAUUGAAUUCGGGACUAAACGUAAGUGACAAUUAAUAAUAUUGUACAUACUCACAUUUCUCUAUAGACACAUAAUUAACAUCACAAUCAAGAAGGUUACAUAAGUUCAACAUGAAAUUGGUGUUUCUUGAUUGUGAUGUUAAUUAUGUGUCUAUAGAGAAAUGUGAGUAUGUACAAUAUUAUUAAUUGUCACUUACGUUUAGUCCCGAAUUCAAUGUUUCGUUUCCCUCCGUGUAAUCAGUUCAAGUCUGUCUCGAGUCUAAUCGUUUUGUCAUCCACCGUUUGUACAAUGUAUGUUUUUGCCGUUUUGUCGCACUAGUCCGUACUAUCUAACCUGCCGUACUAUAAUUAUAAGGUUUUAUUUAAUAUGCAUGAAAUCCUAUAUAUGUAGUUUGGAUGCCAGAACAGACGCUGUUUGAGCCGCUCCUCCUUGGUGAACAGACGCUCGGAUCGUACCUCCUCAAUCUAGCUGAAGUCAGAAGGACAACAAAGCCCAGGCUGCACUACCAGCUAAGCGCACAACUCUUAGCUGGCGGUCUUUGUCAUCGUUUGACCCGUGGAAGCAUGAGGUAGGAACUUGUGAGGACCAGAGCUAUGUUGGACGCUCUCCAUAUCGACGACUCACCGUUUUGCAGCCCGGACAUCGUUGCCUGCGAUUCGGCAAAUCUCCAGCCAAAGUGCAGAGGCGAUCAAGACGGCGUCACAGUCAGCGACGUGCAACUGAUUCCCGGAUUGACAACCAAUCUUCUCUCG